AUGGCUAUUGGAGUGAACUUCUCUUUGAAUAACUGUUCUGCUUCUAUUGAGAUCCUGGCUGGGUCCAAUUAUAAGAAAUGGAAGCAAGACUUUGAGUUUUCAUUAGGGAUUGCUGACGUUGAUGUUGCGUUGCUUGAGACCAAACCUGUCGUUUAUGAAAAGGAGAAAUUAGCUAAGUGGGAGAGGUCAAACCGCCUCAGUCUGUAUGCUAUCAAGAGGACUAUUUCUGAACAUUUGAUUAGUGGAUUUCCUGAAAAGGAUAAUGCCAAAGAUCUUCUUACUGCUAUAGGAGAAAGGUUCCAGGUAUCUGAUAACGCUGAAUCUGGAUGUUUAAUGAAACAACUUACUGACAUGAAAUAUGAUAACACUGGGCGUGUAAGGGAGUUCAUUUUGAUGAUGGUUCAUGUCCAAACCAAACUGAAAACCCAAAGCAUUGACCUGAAUGAUAAUUACAUUGUUUGCCAUGCCUUAAACAACCUACCUCCUGAUUUCACAUAA